UAAUAGUUUUUAAAACUUUGAAAGAUAUUGAUAAAUAUUUAUAAUAUAUUCAUAAAAUUUAGAAUCUUUUUCAUGUUCUUAAAUGUAUAUUUAAGAAGGCUUUUAUGAAUAUAUAUUUACGAAUAAAAUACUAAAUUUGAAUUAUAUGUAAAUUUAGUAAGAUAUUUAUGAAACAAUGAUUCCUUAUCAUACAAAGCUUUUAUUACUUAAAAUGUUUCUUUAAAUGCUUUUGUAAAAAUAAUUGAUUGGAUAAUAAAAAGCAGAACUAAACUCUAAACCACCGCAGAAACAACAUGAACAAGUAGAACCACACUAAGCAGAAUAAAAGAAGUUGAACCUCACUCUCAGGUCUCCUUUCUGUCGUGGAGGAAAACGCGAGAGUGACCCGUGAGAAAGAAGAAGACAAUGGCCUCUGAACCUCACUCUCAGGUUUUAGUGGAAGAGACAUCGAAUGUAAGAAUCUUGACACUAAACAGACCAAAGCAGCUGAAUGCUCUGUCUUUGAACAUGAUCACUCGCUUGCUGCAACUGUUCCUUGCGUAUGAGGAGGACCCUAGUGUCAAACUUGUCAUCCUAAAGGGUCAGGGAAGAGCGUUUUGUGCCGGUGGUGAUGUUUCAGCUGUUGUUCGUGACAUCAGACUAGGCAAAUGGAGACGCAGUGCUGAUUUCAUGUCACUUCAAUAUACUCUCAACUAUGUAAUGGCCACAUAUAGUAAAGCUCAGAUUUCAAUUUUGAAUGGUAUUGUCAUGGGAGGUGGAGCUGGUGUCUGCGUCCACGGUCGAUUUCGUAUUGCAACAGAGAACACGGUUUUUGCCAUGCCUGAGACUGCUCUAGGUCUAUUUCCGGAUGUAGGCGCCUCCUACUUCUUGUCAAGGCUCCCUGGAUUUUUUGGAGAGUAUGCUGGCCUCACUGGAGCUAGGUUAGAUGGCGCUGAAAUGCUUGCUUGUGGUCUUGCAACUCAUUUUGUGCCUUCAACGAGGUUGACUGCCUUAGGAGCAGAUCUUUGCAGAGUUGGUUCAAGUGAUCCAGUUACCUUUGCCUCAACAAUUCUCGAUGCAUACACUCAACAUCCACAUCCGAAACAGAAGAGUGCUUGCCACAGGUUAGAUGUUAUUGAUAAGUGCUUCUCGAGAAGAACAGUCGAAGAAAUUAUAUCUGCACUUGAGAGAGAUGCAACUCAUAAACCAGAUGAUUGGAUCUCAGCUACCACUGGAUCAUUGAAGAAAGCUUCACCAGCAAGCCUUAAAAUCUCUCUUAGAUCGAUAAGAGAAGGACGAUUGCAAGGGUUGGGGCAGUGUCUUAUCCGUGAGAAUAGAAUGGUGUCACAUGUGAUGAAGGGAGAUAUAAGCAAAGAUUUUGUGGAGGGGGGUAGAGCCAUAUUGAUAAACAAAGAUAGGAACCCAAAGUGGGAGCCAAGGAGACUGGAGGAUAUGAAAGAUAACAUGGUAGAUAAGUACUUCAAGAGAGUGGAAGAAGAGGAGGGAUGGGAGGAUCUUAAGCUUCCACCAAGGAAACACUUGCCUGCUUCAGCGAUCGCAAAGCUAUAAAGUUGACAAGGUGAUGGAGCUCAUCCACCUUCACGUAUUUAAACCAAUAAUAAAAGAAAGGCUGGAAGUGACAAGAGCAGUCAUGCCUUUAAAUUCAAUCUUCUCUGUUGUGUUAUAGCGCCAUUGGUGAGAAAUGUUUUAGAUCUUCCAUUUAUAUAUUUUUCAUUGAUUCAAAUCAGAAAUAUAUUUUUGUCUCGCA